AUGGAAUCUGUCUGGCUGAGCGCACAUUUGGUGAAGAGAAUGCUGCUGCUCGUGAGCGUGUGCGCGCUGUCGGUAUUGGGUGAGAGUAGCGGGCGCGUGGACCCUUUAACCCUGAGCCGCGCGGACCAGCAGUGCUGGGAAUCUUCCUCCGUUCUACUCCUGGAGAUGCGCACACCGCGGAUCGCCGACACCGUACCUGCCUUCUGGGAUCUGAUGAUCUUUCUCAAGUCGUCGGACAACCGGAAACACGGCGCACUGUUCUGGGACCUGGCACAGGUGUUCUGGGACAUCUAUGUGGAGUGUGUUCUGUCCCGGAACCACGGACUGGGUCGGCGCCGUACAGCGCAUCCAAACCAGCGCAUCACAACCACUCGCUCCCUCACCAAAGACGAGUCCUUCGUGCAUGAGACACGGGGCCAUGUCUCCAAACUAAAGGAGUUCAGUCGUGGCUGGUUUCGUAUACAAGUGGAAGCACGUAAAACGCACCAGGACAUCCUCUCAAAAAAUCAGGAGAAUUUCGAAAACCAACAGACUUUAAACAUUUUCUACAUGUAA